GAUUUCCCUCAGAGCUUCUAUCUACCAAUUUGUCAAAAGUUUCUUUGAUAAGCAAUGGAGGGCACAAGUUGUUUUCGUCCAAAAUCAAUCAAACUCAACGCAAUGCGGGCCGACUGAUAUGAUAGUUGGACAGCACCAGUUCAGAGGCGGCAGUAUUAUAAGAAGGGUUUUUUCCCUUGAUCCAAUGGCUACACCUGAGCUUUUUGUUCUUUGAGAAAUAAUAAUGGCAUCCCUCGUCUCCAGUUGGUCUUCCAACUUGAAAUCCUUGCCUGAUAACUAUGUGUUACCUGAGGAAAAAAGGCCAGGAAUGCCUGUUCCAGUAAGCAAUGAUAUACCGGUGAUUGAUCUCGGAGACGGACUAGAUUACAGCAGAGCUGACAUAGUCCAGCAAAUCGUGAAAGCUGGUCAGGAUUUUGGACUAUUUCAGGUGAUCAACCAUGGAGUAUCAAAGGAGUUGAUGGCUGAUGCUAUGAAUGUGAGCAAAGAGUUCUUUGGCAUGUCCACUGAGGAGAAAGCACAGUACUAUAUUGACUCCGUUGCAUUGGAAGAAAAGGCCGGAUGCAGACUCUAUACAAGUUCUGGGUAUUUUUUGGCUCAAGGUUUCGAUUUCUGGAAGGAUACUUUGCAACACCCUUGUCAUCCUCUGCAAAACCACAUCAAUUCUUGGCCUGACAAACCUAAGAACUACCGGUAACCAUAAUUUUAGCCGCAUCACAUUGGGUUUCAGGAUACCUGCUCAUUUCUGUCA